AUGGAAGAAAAUUAUGAAACCACAUUACCAUGCCGUGGUAAAUCUAUUGGUAGAUCUCUAAGUCUAGUAAAAGAUCUCGCGCCGCCCCCUCAACAACCUUAUCCCCCUCAGAAUUCUCAGAAUCCUCAAAAUUUCAACUCUGCAUAUUCAAUAUCAGCCCCCCCUUUAGUACACCAUAACCAGAUCAAUCCACUAUCCGCUCUCCCUUUAACCCAACAUCAUCCCUUUGCAAUCCCUCAACCACAACCAUAUCAAACCCAACUCUUCAACCCAGAACACCAUUAUCUUCUCCUUUCCCUUUCUCGAGAAAACUUCAAAGCCCUUUCCCUACGACAGAAAAUCGCAGCGGCAGAAACUAGUCUCGCUUCCAUGCACCUAACUGCGGAAUUGGAGGGCGUGGGGAUAGGUAUCACAUCCCCUCUCUCCUCUAUUUCUACACUCGCGACACCGCACUCGCAGGCGCCCACUCGUCGCAAACUGAAGAAACAAAUCUCGUGGCUGAAGUGUCGGAUUAAGGAGUGUACGAGACAGGAGAGGAUUUUGAUGGAGAGGUUGCAGCAGAUUGGAGAGGAGGAGGAGAGGAGAUGGAGAUGGAUGCAAAUUGAGCGGCAGAGAAGGAUUAAUGAAGAGAUGAUGGAGUGGCAGCGGGGGUAUUGGAAUUGGUUUGUUGGGGCGGGUGGUGCUGUUGGUCAGGCUGGCUAUGGAUAUAGUGGGGGUGGAUAUGGAUAUGGAUAUGGACAUGGAUAUGGACAUGUUAAUGGCAAUGGAAAUGGAAAUGGGGGAAUGUUGAAUGCUAGCACUCCUGCAUUUCAACCCGGGGAUAGCUUCAGUGUUAGUGGUGUCUGUCCUGGAGAUUCGAAGGGGAGUGUGGGGGGAAGAAAAUAUUCAAAUGAUUUUUGGAAUACGGAGGCGCCUGUCUUUUCACCGGUUAAUUUCUUCAAACCUUCUUCUUCGACUUCGAUUUCUGUCUCUACGUCUACGGCUCCUUCUGGCAUAGCGCAGCAUGUGCAGAAUGGACAGGGGGGGAGACUUAGUAGGGGGUGGGAUGAAUGUGAAUUAUCGCCCUUGGCUGAGGAGCGAAGAAAAUCUUCUCUGAAAUGGAGCGUGGAGAUUCGGGGUGGGGAUGAGGUGGGGAAUGAGAGGGGAAUGGGAGAAGAGGGAGAGGGAGAGGAUUCUGGAUCUGGGUCUGGGGAGGGAGAGGGGGAGGCGGGAGAUUCUUCGACUGAAACGGCGAUUACGACGCCGACUCCGCAGCAGAGCGCGAGGAUGUCGCCGAUGGGUGGCGCGAAGAGUUGUAAUGAUGUGAUGUUGGGGGUUUUUGAUGGGGUGGGUGAGCAGCAGGUGGAUGGGGUGGGAGAGAGAGGGUUGUGUGGGAGAUCUAGAGAGGGGGUGGCGAGGGAGAAGAAAAGUAAAAGUUUGCCGGGUGUGCAGAGGCAGCUGUGGGAGGGGGUUUGUGGGGGGAAGGGGGGGAAGUUGUAUGGGAAGGAAGUUUUGAAGGAGAGGAAUGAGAUUGAUCAGGUUUGGUAG